GAAGCGAUUGGUGAAAACUGCAGCUGGAGUAAUUUGUACCUUUUAUAAAGGUAACCUCGAGUUAUACAAUAGUAAUUAAUGGCUUUUGCGCUGCCAGUUUGGUUCCUGGCCCAACAGGAGCUGUUGUCCAGCGAAGAUGACUGCUCGGGGAUUUUCGACGACUUCGAUGAUGAGGCUUUGUUCGACUUUUUUCACUUGAAUCGGCCCUGCAUCUCCUUCAUCGCGGACACGCUCCGUGAGCGCAUUGCCCCACUUUCCGAGAGAGACCUCUCGGCGGACGCGAUGGUGAUGGUGACCCUGAAUUAUUUAGCUCAUGGCGUCUCCUCCCCAGCGGUCCUGCAGAGAGCGCGCCUCUCUCACGAAGACAACCCGAGCGUCAUCUGCGCGGUGUGCGCCGCCCUGGCUGACAUGUGUGAGCAGUUCGUCUCCUUCCCCCUCAGCGCAGAAAGCAGGGAGAACCUGGCUUUGAAAACGGAGAGACUUUGCGGGAUCCCCGGAGUUUUGGGGGUCUUGGCUCCAGUCCACUUUAAGAUCAGAGCGUCGCCGUACGAGAAGGACACGUUCCGAUCGUUUGUGAACAGCGUUGGCUUCACGUCGGUGGUCAGUCAGCUCAUCUGCGACUAUGACGGAAACGUCCUGAGCGUGGAGCAGUGUUGUGGAGGCAGUGCCUUUGAGCAAGAUCUCUGGGAGUCCUCCUGCAAGGGGAAGGAGAUGGAGGGAGGAGUGCAUGGAUCCUACUGGGUUUUAGGGGGAUCUGGUUACUUCCAGAGCAAACACGUCCUGACCCCUGUGUCAGAGCCAAAGAACGAGAGAGAGGUGUUCUUCAACAGAGCCCACGCCAGGAUCUACAACGUCAUGCAGGCGACGCUCAGCUCCAUGAGGAGACGUUUCAGGUGUCUGCUGCAACUGGGAUUUGUGCAUGACAGUUCUUUGGAAAAAAAGUUCAACAUCAUAAAGGCGUGCGUCGUCCUCCACAACAUCAGCAAGAAGUUCUCCGUCCCCCCCCCUGCUGUGGCAGGGAAGCCGGAGCUGCUUCAGACUGGGAAACUUCCUUCUCGGUUGGUCACAGUUGACCAAGAGGCCUGGAGCAUUCGAAAGAAACUCAUCGACUCCAAGUUUGCCGAACCCUUCAGCCCUAACUAACAGCAACAGGGCUCCAACUGUCUCCAAAUGCAAUUUUAUUUUAUUUCGUCAUGACUUUUGUGUGAGAAAUGUGAGAAUAAAAACACGAUGAGUAGGGUGAUGAUCCCAAAUGUCAUGGACUCACACGGAUCGGACUGAGCGGAAAGUGAUUUUAAGUUAAAUAAUGAAUCUGAAAUGCAAAGCCUUGAAUAAGGGGAGCCGAGGUUCAGCGAAACUCCUUGAGUGCCGUGGCGUUGACAUAGAUCAUGUCUGAAUUCUCGUAGAUGUUUUCCUGCUGCUCGUGCGACGGCAGACUGUCCAAGAUGCACUGGUGCAGGUAAACAUACUGGGCCUGGACGGAACAAAGCAGAGGGUUGGGGCGCGGUGGCACGGUUAGGAUCACGCACGUGGCUCACCUCUGUCUGCACCAUGUGCGGCCGCCGCAGUCUCAUCUUGUGCACAAAGCCGUGGAUGUCCACGGCUUUCUCCUGCUCCAGCUGCUGGAGGAGAACGUCCAGGGCAAUGAGGGUGCCAGUUCUUCCCACACCAGCGCUGAGGCGACAGCAGAACCAUUAGAUAACACUGCAUGAAACCUUCAUAUGCAGCAGAAGCAAGUUCUCCAUGACUUGAAUUUUCCUUGCAUGGUCCUGAUAACUGAUGUGUUGAUAUAAUGAAAUCACUUGUUUUUUUAUUUAUUUAUUCCUUUGAGACUGAGGUCACCUUUUGCAUACACUUUGUCCCCUUUCUUGCAUUAUACACAGCAGCUAAUGUUUUCAUUAAAAAAGAUGUAUUUAUUUAUUUGUGAAUCAGUGUUUACAUAGUUGUUCCUCUAGUACAGUAGUGUGUAGAGUACAGCCUGAGGGCCGAGGUCGAAGGAAAAGUACAAUGACGCUUUGGAUUUUUAAAUGUUACUCAUUCAUUUUUUUAGGUGUUCAUUUUCUUUUUUAUGUUCCUGAAUUUGAAUGAGUCAUUUCACUGUUUUUCUUUUCAAAAUAAAAGGAU